AUGCCGUUUGAAUCUCUGGUGAUCGACGGUGGUGCUGGUGGCAUCACAGCGGAGAGUACCAGAGGUAUGGAUGAGUAUCGCCGGAACGGCGUUCUAAGGUGUGAAGCUGAGAUUCCGAGCGAGGGCUUAGGUGCUAAUCGAGAUGGCCUCGGCGACGGCGACCGUCGAAGUGGUACUGCUUCAAGGCGUCCCGUCAGUGGCGUCAGUGAUGAUUCAGCCCGAUGGCCAGCGAAGGCGAGAGGAAGGCUGAUCGACCAUGCACCGAAGCCACUUGGCUGGUGCUCAGCUGCACAGCACUCGGCGACAUGCGUCGACCAGGUGGACAAACGCAUGGGGCAAGCGAGGCAGAAACGGGCCGGAUGUUGUCCGGAUACCGAUGCCAGCGAUCGUCCUGGAAUCGCUGCCCGCGUCGUGGCCUGUCGCCAGAUCGCCAGACAUGCUCUCGCUCGGUUCCGGAAGUGGACUAGAGUCUGA